AUGCAUCUUCCCGAGUCUCAGCAGCGGUUCCUGGAUAGCGUGCAGGAGGCUCUUGGUCGCUAUGACGCACAGCUCAAAGACAUCAACCAUAAGAUCUGGUCCAACCCGGAGCUCGCAUACUCUGAGCACCAGGCCCAUGACCACAUCUGCGACUUGUUCGACAGCUUAAAGUCCAGUGGUUAUGAGGUCCGUCGCAAGGCCUACGGGCUGGAAACUGCACUCGAGGUCGAGUACACGCACGGAAAGGGCGGACGCGUGGUGGUAUUCAACGCCGAAUAUGACGCCCUCCCUGGGAUUGGGCAUGCAUGCGGCCACAACCUCAUUGCGACUAGCUCGAUCGCGGCAUUCAUCGCUACCUGUGAAGCGAUGAAAAAUCAGGCCGAAAGUUCAUCAGGACCAGGAUUCACGGUCCGCCUUCUGGGCACUCCCGCAGAAGAGUCGGGCGGUGGAAAGUGUCGCUUGAUUGACAGUGGAGCCUACAAAGGUGUCGAUGCCUGUCUUAUGGUGCACCCGAUUCCCGUGACCCCAGGUAGCCCGGACAUCCUAAGCAUGGCGACCGUCCUUGAGGGCGGGUUCUUGGCCAACGACAAAGUCAAGGUGACAUUCACCGGCAAGCCGGCGCAUGCGGCUGCCGCCCCGUGGGAGGGUAUCAACGCACUCGAUGCCGUAGUCGCGGCCUAUGUCAAUAUCUCGCUGCUUCGUCAGCAGAUCCUGCCCAGUCAACGAAUCCACGGGGUCAUCAACGAUGGUGGCGAUCGACCUAACAUUAUUCCGCGGUCUGCGACCGUGGACUAUUACAUUCGGUCACCCACCGUGAAAUCGUUGAAGCCACUGACAGAAAAGGUCAUCAAGUGCUUCGAGGCAGCCGCAACUGCUACGGGAUGCACGCUCGAAUUUGACUGGGGUCCCUCCUACGCUGAUCUCAAGAGCAAUUGGCCAAUUUGCGAGAGCUAUGUCUCGGCAAUGCGAGCCCUGGGUCAUCACACCCUGCUGGACAACUCGACACAGUCGAGUGCGCUCGAUGGAGCGUCGACAGAUAUGGGAAACGUAUCCUACGCCGUUCCUGGAUUCCACGGUCUUUUCACCAUCCCCACCGAGGGAGUCAACCACACGCCCCAAUUCACAAACGGGGCUGGGUCGCCCGAGGGCCACGAGCGAAGCAUUGCAUGCGCAGCCGGGAUGGCGACAGUCGCCUGCCAGAUCUUGGUGGACGAGAAAUUCGCCGAGGCCGUGAAGAAGGAUUUCGAGAGCCAUUGA